AUGAUCACUUCUGAAGGAGCGGGAGGGCAAGACGAGAGGACACGAGCCGAAUCAGCUACAAGAGCGUCUGAAGCCGUGCCCCUGCUUGGCAUAGAGGACAUUCUGACAAUCGCCAACAGGCUGUGGAUGAGCCGACUCCCGAUGCAAGCGAAGAAAAGGAUAAAAGAGAUCGUGGAUCUGCUGCCAGUUUCACGCAGAGGAGGGUACUCGCACAAGACACUCGCCGAUGCACUGCACCGCAAAUUUAAUUUACGGCUAACCCCUGCCAAAUUCGCGCGACUAGUCACCAUCUUCGAUGUGGACGAAAGCGGCCACCUAGACUUGCCUGAGAUUAUUGGGCUCAUCUCGCACCUCGCCGCAACGCACUAUCCUAUGUUGCAGUUGGUUCGCGCGUGGCGGCGGCUCAAGCAAGCUGGUUUCAAAGCGAUUCGCCGACGACAACUGCUCGCUCGCGUCUCCGCUUCCUCUGCCCCUCUGUUCAACAACACGUCUGCAAGAACAAAGAAUAAGGCUCGUGGUGAAGGAUCUGCGCUGCCAUCAUCAGGCGGAGCCGUGAAAGUAGUGAAGGGACCACAAGACCAAGACGGGGGGAAAGAGAACAAAGACGUGCAGGAGCAGGAUUUUUUCGAGGAGGAAGACAGUGACCUCCAAGAGCACGAGAUGAUUGAGGAGGACAUUUUGGUGCUCCAGGUAGCUGGUGCGUCGAAAAGACGUCGCUCAGACAACGAAGAGAUCAACCGCAUUCGCCAGAAACGGUCAUGGCGACUUAGCGGAGCUCAGCAGCUAGCAGCUUCAUCUAGUGCAGGUGGGAAGAACGAGGCAUCGACCGCUGGUAGCACAGAUGAACAAGCUGCAGAUGCCGGAAAGGGGAAGCUGACUACGUUGUCGAGAGAAACGAAGAAUAUUCUCGAUCCUCCUCCAGUUGUUGGAGGUGUAGCAAGUACUCGAACAGAACUUCUUACUUCUAACGAUGUAGUACUAGUUGAGAAAGUGUCUGAAGCGUCCACUGAAGACUUGGGGAGAGAGGCGUUAUCAGAGGUGGGAGAUAUGACAGAGGACGUGCCCAUUCGGGGCCGCAAGUCCGCCUUUGUGUCCUCUGCUUGCAGCAGUAUGAAAACUGCGGACAAAUACGAUCUGAAGAACCGGAGCUACCAGAAGACAGCCAUGAUGUUCAAGGACGAAAGUGGAGUCCUCCUCGAGCGAGAGGCUGCGGCGCAGCUAGGAGUUGGAAGAGAGCUUUCAGCAGCUUCCACUGUAGCAGGACCUCCAGGGGAGUUGGUGGCCUUAAGCCGUGCUACGGGUAGUCUUCACGCGCGUGACCUCAUUGACGACUACAUCUCGCACAAAACGUUGGCAGCUGCCCUCUCCAUCAGCGAACGCGAAGCACUUGAGCUCACCUGGACGUGCAGUUUGAGUAUGGCAGCAG